ACAAGGAGCGCCACACCAUCACGUGUGUUUUGAAUAGUUUUUCACUUUUAUUGUGUUUUCCGUGGUCUGAGCUGGAUCUCGUGGUGUUUCCAGUGAGGAUGAGUUCGUCUGGGUCUCUGAGAGAGUUCAUCAGUCAGCGACUAACUGCUGCUGCUGAAGAAAUAUUCACAGAGUUUGAAAAAACCAUCGUCCAGUACGAAGAAGAGAUCGACCGACAGAGAAGACUGCUGGACAUCACCUGGAAACCGCAGAUUAAACUACACAGAACAGACCUCCAAGAGAAUGACAUCUGUAAAGAUAAGGACGUUCCUACUGACAAACGGCCCUGUAACUGGGAGAGAAACUCCAUUCUGGACCAGGAAGAUCCAGAACUUGUAGAGAUUAAAGAGGAACAGGUGGAACUCUGCAUCAUUCAAGAGGAAGAGCAGCUUGUCCUGAAGCAGGAGGCUGAUCCCUUCCUGGUGACUCCAUCUUACGAGGAAUGUAACUACAGUGAGCUAGAUCCAAUCAAGGACCAGCUUCUGUGUCUGAUUUCUCCUGUAGAGAGCCUAAAUGAGGAAAGAAGCAACAUUAAAGGCUUGGGAUCGACUAAAAAUCAAGAGUUCUACCAAAAUAAUGUACAUAGUUCUCCUAUGCCAAAGACUCAGUGUAAGAGUGGUAAAAAGUCUAUAAAAUGUGAUGUUUGUGGCAAAGCCUUUACGCAAAGAUACAAUAUGAUGACGCAUCGCAGAAUCCACACAGGUGAGAGGCCAUAUUCAUGUAAGAUCUGUGAUAAAAGCUUCAUGAGAAGCGAUGAAUUGUCAGUUCAUUUUAGAACUCACACAGGUCAGAAGCCAUACUCGUGUAAAAUCUGUGGGAAAAGAUUCACCCAGAGAGGCAACUUGACUUUCCACAUGAGAAUUCAUGCUGGUGAGAAGCCAUAUCCCUGCAACACUUGCGGGAAGAGCUUCGUCUCCAAAGGCCAGCUGAAGAUCCAUAUAAGAACCCACACAGGCGAGAAACCAUAUUGCUGCAACAUCUGUGGCAAGCGUUUCACUCAGAGUGGGAGUUUGAGUGCCCACAUGCGCGCCCACACGGGCGAGAAGCCGUACUCCUGUAAGAUGUGUGGUAGAAGUUUCACGAGGAGCGAUGAGCUGCUGGUCCAUGUCAGGAUCCACACGGGAGAGAAGCCCUACCCUUGCAAAAUGUGCGGCAAAAACUUUGCUAAAAGCUACCAACUGACUGCCCACAAGAGAACCCACACGGGCGAGAAGCCGUAUUCCUGUGACACCUGUGGAAAACGUUUUGCAGAAAACCGUGGUUUAACCGCCCACAUAAGGACUCACACGGGUGAGAGGCCUUAUUCCUGCAAGAUUUGUGGUAAAACCUUUACGGAAAAUCAUAACCUCACGGCCCACAUGAGGACCCACACGGGUGAGAAGCCCUACUCAUGUAGUCUCUGUGGGAAGUGCUUCACUGAAAACCGUACUUUGACCGUCCACUUCAGGACUCACACUGGUGAGAGGCCGUAUUCCUGUAAGAUAUGUGGUAAAAGUUUUACUCAGAGUGGCAAACUGGGCAUCCAUGUGAGAAAGCAUGCUGCUGAGAAACCUCAGAUGAAAGAAGAAGUGGAGGAAUAUGUCCAGACACAUCAGCUCUGAAAGAGGACAGUAAUGGCACUUUUACACUAGUACCUACUCAGCGUGCCUUGACUCAGCACGCCUCGUCCCGCCUCCACUCGCCUCGUCCUCGUUUGUUUUUAAACACCCAGGUGAGAAGUGGGCGGGUUGGCGGUGAAGCUGCUGUGAUGUACUUGAUAGCGCAACACGUUUGUUUGUGAUGAUUGAUUGUUUGCUGAUGAGAAGUCAGUUGGAGCCGCGAGCGGCUGAGAAGAAACAGAGCGCCUGGUGGAUCUGAUCGUUCCUUAUCGCCCGUCUAGAUCCCUUUUUAAUUCUCUCCUCAGCCACCAGGUUUAUGAACAUCUGCACCUCAGAGUUGGAUCACCAAACAGACGUUUGCGCUGCCAUUGCCUGUUGAAUAAAAUCGCCACAAGUCGUGAGUCGUUCUCGCGCCGACUCCCGCUUCCUGAUUCAAACGUCUGACGGCCACGUCCAAUCGGUGGCCUGUAGUGUGAUGAUGUCAGAUACAGGGCCGACUCAGCCGCUUAACACUUUGGCAGAAUAGAUAGAGAAAAAGUACCUACUCUGCACGCCUCCAGCCGCCUUGGCCCGUAGUAGAGACGGGGGCGUGGCGAGUAGAGGCGCGCUGAAUAGGUACUAGUGGAAAAGUGCCAUAAUACUCUCAGCUGACAAGAUUGAAGUGUGAUUUAUGGUUCAGAGUCCGUUAGUAGGGAUCUGGCAUAGCUUUGCACGGCAACAGCAUCUCUCCAUCAACAAGAACUGUCCUCAACAAGGACUUUGGUAACUUCUGCAGGGCCUGGAACUCCCUGCCUAGGAUACAACAUGGCCCCUUAAAGAACAGUUGAGUGAGGUAUGGUGUUAAAUGAAAUGGAUAUGCAUUUAGCAGAAGUUGAUGUUUAACCUAUCGAUGUGGAUUCUUCUCAUUUACCGCCACCGGUACCUUGUAUUCAAAUAAAGCAAAAUCUAAUGAAACAGUCGGUGAAAGUGGUGCCUUACAGUCAGUACUGGAGUUGAGGGGGGAUGAGGGGGGAUGGCAUCCCCCCCUGAAAUAAAAACGGUCAAAAUCAUCCCCUCAGUAAAACUGCCAUCCCCCCUUUCCAUCCCUUAUGUCAUUUCAUCAAUGAAUG